UGGAGAGACAGCACCAGGGUUCCCACGCGGAUUGCAGAAGUCAGUUGCUCAUCGUACGCGGUACGAUGCGCAGUCGCCGGAACAGUGACCGGUGCGAGCGCCUCUUCGCCGGUGAACAGCUUCCUGGCCAGCAGUUUCACUUCUAGUUGUUGUUGUUGUUGUUGCAGAAACUUUUGUGGUCAAAGUGUUAUGGCAGAGGAAGUUAAUGUGCAACAGGCGGCCGGUCAGUCAGUCAGUUCUGUGCAGAUUAGGCAAAAGGUUGGCCAUGGUCGUUCCUAUCUAUCCACGACGCAGGUGAUAAAGCGUUUUCACGUGAAGAUUACCCACUCCUGCUGCUACUAUCGUUUUUUUUUUGUUUUGGGAGAAGAUCGCUCGAUCGCACGCGCGCGCGCGCACAUACUUGGCGGAACACGUGACGUCACACGUCGUCUGUGUUUUUCGCGAAUUUUACAACCCCGGGGAAAACGGCGAUCACUGCGGUGUAGUGUGUUAGUAGAGAGCUAGGGAGCUGCACAGUCCACAGUCUACUAUUUCGCAUCUGGUAAAGAGGUGUCGCUGGCUGAUCGUUGGCUGAUCGUUGGCUGAUCAGUAGUGUAGUCGGAAGUCACUUGGAACAGAGUAAGGAGUGAAGGUGAACUGUGUGUUGUGCAACGAAACGAAAAACAGUUCAUCACUAGAGUGCGCAGCCUCGAGAGACCAAUAGGGUCCGAAACAGUAACGCUACUCCUUCCAUAAAAUCUCCUGACCAUUGUUCCUGCGAGUAGCAAGAUGUGGUUGGGUUCCGCGGAUGCUGCAGAAGCCUGACACCCUUACACAGCGUAAGGCACCGUGAGAGUGUGUGCAAGAAGCCGCUACCCAGAGCAGCUAUCCCGAGUGUCUGUGUACAUCAGUGAGUGAGGAUCGCCGUCGGUCGAUCGCAGGACGAGAGUGCGUGGUGUAAAGCGCCACAGCCACAGCGGACGCAGCGACAACACAUUUCGUAGAGAGGUUUCCACGGGGCGGGGGUUUAAUGAGAGCCACCCCGGGCUUGUUAUCAGCGAAUCGGAACGCGGGCCAAUCGGAGCCACUUAUGCAUCGUAUCCGGAAAAGCACCGUAACCACCGAAUCAGCCAGCCACUGUCUCCGCUAUCUGCCAAAGGAUCCCCGGCUUAGAUCGAUAGGACGAAGGAAGGGAGCUUCGAAGCGGUUAGUAGCCGCCGUUAGUAUCAUCACCACCACCACCACCACCACCACCGUCACCACCAUCAUCAAUACGAGUGUUACGAGUAGUAAACGUAGUAAUAGUAGUGAGAAGCGGACCAUUGCAAACUCACAACUAGGGAACGGGAAGAACAGUCGCUUCGGCACCCGUUCCGCCGCCAUUGGUAGUGAUUGUUGUCGGGACGUGUAGAUCGCAUCGCGGAGAUCCACAGAUACCAAGGAGAGGAAAGCGAAAGCACCAACAAAACCACAGUUGAGCACGCUAAUCGGGAACACAAGCGAACGAACCGGAAUCCCGAAGGAUCAAAGUAAGUGCCCGAGAAUGGUGCUCGAAAUACGUGUGACCGAUCCAUCGGAGAAGGUUCUCCUGGAGCAAGACCUGGAAGCAAUGGCCGAUCGUCAGAACAACAACGAACGCCCGAACGUACGGAAUGGAGUGUCCCCGGAUCGACGCUCGUACGGCGGUGGGCGCAUUGGCCGCGAGGAACUGGAAGCGAUCAAAACCAAUCUGCUCAGCACGAACGAGGUCACGUUCGGCAGUAUCGCGUUCGAACCAAGCCAUGAAUCCCUCUCAACCACCGGAGGAACACGGGGGAACUAUGGCAAGAACCUAAGCAUGGCUCAGCUCCAGGUCGAUUCCGGUGAUCGUCCCGGGCGUAAGCGGCUCAUCUCGGAGGUGUCGAUGAACGAUUCGAUCGUCUCUUCGUACCAACCGGAACCGGAAAAGAAGAAACCACCGAAAAUACCGGACGGUGGCUACGGUUGGGUGAUCGUGUUCUCUUCCUUCAUGAUCUCGCUCAUCAUGGACGGUGUAUCGUUCUCGUUCGGGUUGAUCUACACCGAGCUGCUGGACUAUUUCGGUGAGUCGAAAUCAAAAACGGCCUGGAUCGGAUCGCUGUUCAUCGCGGUGCCACUGUUGUCGGGGCCGAUCAUGUCGAAUCUGGUUGAUCGGUAUGGAUGCCGUAAGAUGACGAUGCUCGGGGGUACGAUCGGGGGCCUAGGCUUUGUGCUCGCUUCCUACGCACAGUCGAUCGAGCAGCUGUACCUGACGUUCGGCAUUCUGGCCGGUGUCGGUCUGGGCGUUGGGUACGUGACGGUGGUGGUCAGUGUGGCGUUCUGGUUCGAUAAGCGGCGUACCUUUGCGACGGGAAUUGGUGCUUCCGGCACCGGGAUCGGUACGUUCGUGUACGCUCCACUGUGCCAGUGGCUGAUCAAUGAGCUUGGAUGGCGUGGUGCAACGCUGGUGCUGGCCGGAACACUGUUUAACAUCGUGGCGAUGGGUGCACUGAUGCGCGAUCCGGAUUGGAUGAUCGAGGAAAGCCGACUCGAGAGCCGUGCCCAGAGUAUCCAGACGUUCUCGAACUCGAGCGUGUGUUUGGAUGAGAUUAAGAAGCUGAUCGAAACGGGCAUUCCGAAGGAACGUGUACUGGAUACGCUCGUAACGAACGUUAAUACGGAGGCGAACCAGGUGAUUCCACCGCCGGAAGAAUCCACCUUGACCAAGCGGUACCAGAGCGAGGUAACGUUGCCGACGUUCUACAGCGAGCAGGAACAUCAUCGUGGGCAUCAUCGCGGUGGCAUUCCGAUGCUUACGGUGGAAGGUGAAGCCGUGAGCGGUCGUGGUAGCCAUCGAUCGUUGCGCCACAGUAUCCUGACGAAGGAAGCGUUUAAGCGGGGCUCGGUGCCUGGGAAGUUAGCGGGAACGGCGGCACGGUUGGCCAGUUCGGAAACGCUCAACUCGUACGAGAAGCUGACGGAUGAUGAGGAUGACCAGGAGGUGAAGGAUGGCGUUAGCUUGGGCAUCCGGGCAUCGCUGAAAACACUGAGCGUGGCCUCGCUCGAGGAUGGGUAUCUGAGUGCGAAGCGACAGCAGGAACUGCACGUGAAAGCGGGCGGAAGCACCUGGUCACUGGAUGAGGCCGCCCUGUCCGCUUCGCUCGUACUGCCAUCCAGCUUCGGUGGUGCUAAUCCGGGUGAUGGUGGCGUUGCUGGUGCUCCAGCUGGUGGUCAUGGUGCUGGAGCUGGUGACGUAGUAAGCCGUGGGGAAAAGUCACGUAGUUACCGUGGCAACUCGCUCGAUGUGGUGUACGAGAACGAAAUCUUCAAUCCCAACGUCGACACCAACCUGACGCUGGUCGUUCCGAAGCAGACGCAACUGGUGCGAACGCCACCGAGGAACGGGGGGCUGAAGCGGCAACCGCUCGGUCGUCAGCACUCGAUGCGGUACUCGAACUUCUACAAGGAUAUGCGGAUACACCGGAACUCGAUCCACUACCGGGGCGCGCUACUCAACACGCACCGCUACCGGUUGAAGGCUUCCUCGUGCCCCAACAUCUACCGCAACUCGAUGACCACGAUCGCCAAGGAACAUGAUGAGCCCUGGUAUGGAAGCUUCAUCGAUACGCUGAAAUCGAUAUUCGAUUUUUCGCUGUUCUUUGAGUUCCGGUUCGGUAUGCUGUCCGUCUCGACCUUGCUGCUGUUCGUGUGGUACAUCAUUCCCUACUUCUACAUCCCGGAGUACGUGGUGAAGCAUGGUUACACCGAGGAGGACAGUGCGAAUCUUAUCUCACUGAUUGGCAUCACCAACACGAUCGGUAUGGUUGGGCUCGGUUGGCUCGGUGAUCAACGGUGGGUCGAUGUGUGUAAAUCGUACGCCGUAUGUUUGGCACUUUGUGGUGCUUCGAUCUUCUGUAUGCCACUGGUCAUCGGUAGCCACGUCGCGAUGGGUGCAUUGUGCGUCACCUUCGGUAUUACCUUCGCCAGUACCUUCUCCUUCACGCCCAUCAUCAUGGUGCGGCUGGUGAGCCUGGAUGAUUUCACCGUCGCGUACGGAUUGAUCCUACUGGUGCAAGGUAUCGGCAGUCUGGUCGGUCCACCGAUUGCCGGAUUCCUGUACGACGUCACGAACCGAUGGGACGAUUCGUUCUAUGCGGCCGGGUUCUUCAUCUUUCUGUCCGGUGUGUGCGCCUGGAUCAUCGGACCGCUGAACACGGACGCCAGCGAUGGGGACGAAGCGGAAACGGAAAAGGAAAGUGAAGCGCUUAGCUCAACCGUAACGGCGUAAUCGGUGGGGCGUCACGUGGCCCAAGAUCUUGGCGUUGCCUUAAGUACUUAUGUAAUGAGAGUGUUCGUAGAGAGGAAAAGUGAGAACGGGCGACUGGGUGCGACGUGCGAUCUCAGUGAUCAUCGCGGUACAACGAAAGGAACGACUCUGUGAUCUGCUGGAUGGAUGUCGUCUUCGUGAUCGAUCGGUGUGACCAACCGCGUGGUGUUGGUGCUUUUGCUCUCCCCUCCUUUUUGUACUACGAACAUCUACCUCAGACGCAAACAUGAUAACCCGUUUUUUACUGUGCGAUUUUACGGAGCAAUUACAGAAGCGUAUUAGAUGAAGCACGUUUACGGUUUUAGGUAUUUAGAGAAUGGUAGUUAAUUAUACGAAAGCAAAGCAACGCAAUAGCAAUAUUCGCAUUCGAACCGACAUCCGUUGGCCUUCAUAAUAGGAAUUAGUGUGAUCUUCGACUGCUACUACUACUGCUACUACUAUUAGGUGCACAACAGCUGGUACGGGAGCAAUCCAUUCGGCCACCGAGUACCGAGUGGACACAUAUUACAGAGAAGAGAGUAGAGAGUGAACGCCUUAUUAUCACGCACGAAGCACUACAUGGAGAUAGUUAAUAGCGUGAAUCGUAGAGCGCACCAGUUUGUUAAAGCUACAUCGUCACUUCCACUAUCAGGACAGUGCCUGUGAUAGUAUCGAUCGCUCUCGCUUGAGUGAUCGAUUCCAAGAGCGAUCAGCUAGCGGCUCCCGUGAUACCCUCUUCCAAUAUGAUUUUAAUGUUUGCUUCGAUUUUUUUCUUCCUUCCUGUCGAACAUGUUGAGUUGGUAGAGGAACAAGAGUUUAGGAAAAUUAGUUACAGGUUUUUAGUGGACAAACGGAAUUUAUUAACCCCAUUGGCAGCGAGCGAGCAAGUUCGGCUUCGGCUUGGGGGUUGCUAGUAGAUGCGGGCACAGCAUACACACUUAAACGUUUAGCUUUUGUGCAGAAGGGCGAUAUAGUGAAUUAGAUGCACGUUUCUCUGUCACGAAUUUUUUUAAAUCAUCGAUAAGCGCUUACUGUUAACACAUAUUUACCUUAGAAUAAAGCAUCUCUUUUUGUGGUUUAGAAA